AUGCACAGGCUUCUCCCCAGCGCCUGCUGCUGCCGCCGCUCCUCCUCGGGCCCGCUCCCCAAUGAGAGGAUCCGCAACAUCGGCAUCUCGGCGCACAUCGACUCUGGCAAGACCACGCUCACCGAGCGCGUCCUCUUCUACACCGGCAGGAUCGCCCAGAUGCACGAGGUGAAAGGUAAAGAUGGAGUUGGAGCCGUCAUGGACUCUAUGGAGCUGGAGCGGCAGCGCGGCAUCACGAUUCAGUCUGCAGCAACGUAUACCAUGUGGAAGGACACCAACAUCAACAUCAUAGACACGCCAGGGCACGUGGACUUCACAAUUGAAGUGGAAAGGUCCUUGCGCGUUCUUGAUGGAGCCGUUCUGGUCCUGUGUGCCGUGGGAGGCGUUCAGUGCCAGACCAUAACCGUGAACAGGCAGAUGAAACGCUACAGCGUGCCGUUCAUCACGUUUAUCAACAAGCUGGACAGGCUGGGCUCCAGUCCAACCAGAGCAGUGCAACAGAUGAGAUCAAAGUUAAAUCACAAUGCAGCUUUUGUUCAGAUUCCAAUUGGGCUGGAGGGAAACUUUAAAGGAAUUAUAGAUCUUAUUGAAGAAAGAGCCAUAUAUUUUGAUGGUGCACUUGGCCAGACUCUUCGGUACGAUGAAAUCCCGGCUGAAUUCAGGGCUGAGGCUGCAGAUAGACGUCGGGAGUUGAUUGAAUGUGUGGCUAACUCAGAUGAUCAGCUUGGGGAGCUCUUUUUGGAAGAAAAGAUUCCUACAGCUGCUGACUUAAAGCUGGCAAUCAGAAGAGCAACACUGAAAAGGUCCUUCACCCCUGUGCUUGUGGGAAGUGCUCUGAAGAACAAAGGAGUGCAACCACUGCUGGAUGCUGUCCUGGAAUACCUGCCAAAUCCCUCAGAAGUUGAGAACUACGCUAUAUUUAACAAGGAGGAUUCUGAAGACAAAACCAAGUUCCUGUUGAACUCUGCUCGAGACAAUUCCAAGCCUUUUAUAGGCCUUGCUUUUAAGCUGGAGGCAGGCCGUUUUGGGCAGUUAACUUACAUCCGAGUUUAUCAGGGAAUGCUGAAGAAAACGGACUAUAUUUAUAACACGAGGACUGGGAAGAGAGUGCGUGUGCAGAGACUGGUCCGCAUGCACGCGGACAACAUGGAGGAUGUAAAUGAAGCUUAUGCAGGAGACAUAUGUGCAUUGUUUGGAAUUGAUUGUGCGAGCGGGGAUACGUUCACUGAUAAAACGAGCACUGACAUUUCCAUGGAAUCAAUUCACGUCCCUGAUCCUGUCGUUUCAGUAGCUAUCAAGCCUUCCAACAAGAAUGACUUUGAUAAAUUUUCGAAAGGCCUGAGCCGCUUUACCAGAGAAGAUCCCACUUUUAGAGUCCAUUUUGAUGAUGAGAGCAAAGAGACCGUUGUUUCUGGAAUGGGAGAGCUGCACCUGGAAAUCUAUGCUCAGCGAAUGGAAAGAGAAUAUGGUUGUCCUUGCACCAUGGGAAAGCCAAAAGUCGCCUUUAGAGAGACCAUCUCUGCACCUGUGGAGUAAGU